AGUACUUGAUGACGUAGAUUGACGGAUUUUGACAAAUUGACAAUAUUUGGCGUGGCGUCGACUGGUUUGGAGGAAACAUUCAUUUGUUAAGACCGAUAAUAACUCGAAAAUGACACAGUAUAUUCAGGUUAGCGAAGAUGAACACGAUGAACCAAUUGAAAUACCAAGUGAAACAGAUGGCACACUCCUUCUUUCAACAUUAGCAGCACAGUACCCAGGGGCCUGUGGACUGAAAUACAGAAAUCCGUCAACCGGAAAUUUCCGCGGUGUUCGAUUAAACGAAGGGCUAUUGUAUCCUCCAGAUAAUCAAUGGGGAGACCAUGUUUACAUUGUAGUUUUUCCAAAAGAUAACAAAAGAAAAGGAGAAGAACAAACAGAAAAUCCAUCAGCCAAAACCAAGAAAUUAGAGAAAAAGUGCAGUGAUUUGAUUGUGUUAGGUCUGCCUUACAAAAGUACAGAAGAAGACCUUAAAACCUAUUUUUCAAAGUAUGGAGAAUUAGUUUUAGCACAGGUGAAAAUCGAUCCAUGGACACAAAAAUCUAAAGGCUUUGGAUUUAUAAGGUUCCAUGAGUAUGAUGCACAACUGAAUUGCUUAGCACAACAGAGACACAUGAUUGAUGGAAGAUGGUGUGAAGUAAAUAUACCAAACUCUAAUGAGGCAGGACAACAGACACAGUCCAGGAAGAUAUUUGUGGCAAGAAUAUCAGAAGGCAUCAACACAGAUGAUCUUCAUCAAUAUUUCUCUAAGUUUGGUUCUGUAGUAGAUGCUUUUAUACCCAAACCUUUUAGAGCCUUUGGAUUUGUAACAUUUGGAGAACCAGAUGUUGCAACUGCAUUGUGUGGAGAGGACCAUAUUAUCAAAGGUUGCAGUGUCCAUGUCAGUAUUGCUGACCCAAAGACACCAUCCAGAGAUAGGGAGCGUGGAGAUAGAGACGAUCAUAGACGGGACAGGGGUGACCAUAGGGGUGAUCGGGGGAGGGAUUAUAGAAGGGAUGAUAGGGAUAGAGAAAGGGAAAGAUAUGACCGUAGAGAAAGAGAUGGUCGUAUGAGGAAGUCCAGAGAUGACCACAGAGAUCAACCUAUGACUGGAAUAAAUGAGCCAGUUGGAAUGAAUGGAAUGAAUUUUUUAAACUCUGCCAUGUUGGCUGCGGCACAGGCUGUCCUUUCUGGACAGGCACAAGGAGGGUGGGGUGGUAUGCCUUCACAGAAUGCAGGGGGUGCUGAUUUGGGUCCUGGAUAUGGAGGAACGCUUGGUUCAAAGUCAGACAGCAACAGAUCUUACAGUGGUUGGGGGACUUCAACAGGAUAUGACACAGGCAGUUCCAGUGGAACCUACAGUACGAGUCAGACAGGAGGAUACAGUGGGUGGGGCGGGGGCAGCAGUAGUAGUCGCAGUAGUGGUUGGAAUUAAGUUUUUACAUUUUUUGCAAUUCAGUGUCAAAUUACUACAUUUUCCUUUUUUUUGUAAAUACUUCAUUGAUACAAAAAUUCAAAUUGUACUUAAAAUAUCCCACCUCUGGAAUAAGUAUUAGUGAUUUCAGAUUAAAAAAAAAAACAAAAAACAAAUUUUCAUAAACUUUGAUUCUAUAAUUUUCCAGAAAUUAAAAAAUAAAGAAUGAUAUCAUAUGCAAAAAAAUCAUCUAAAAAAGAACUACUCUUAAUCAUGUCAAACCUUUAAAUUCUUUAUGUGAAAACAAUGGAGUGGAAAAAAGUUAAAUGUUACAUAAUAAUUGUUUAUUUUAAAUUCCUGUAAUGAAAAUUUCAACUCUUUAAUUUUCUACAAAGAAGCCUAUUAUAACAUGAAAACCACAACAAUUAAAUGAAUUGAAAAUUUGUCACUGCAAUAAAUGCAUGCAUAUAAAACAUUUGGAUGAAAAAAGUGUACAUAGCUUGGAAUACAAUGAGAGCUGAAGUAAGCGAAGACAGUGAUGAGGUCUUUAUUUGAACUUGAGAUAGUGAAGAAAAAUACUGUUGGUUUAGACAAAUUAGAGAUGUUAAACGAGUUAAAUAUUAGUUAUCAAAACUAGCAAGUUGAUGGUUCAGAAAAGUGUGAUACGCGAGAAGAGUUUGUAACAUUGAACAUGGAAAGUAAAGAACAGACCUGGCACAGAGAAAAAAUAUUGACAUGAAUGGAGUCAUCAAAAAGUGUUUGUUGUGAAUAAGAUGUUGUUAGUGUCUUAAACAUGUUAUAUGUUAGUGUAUUAAAAGACCAGUGUGUAUUUGU